AUGCUCCUAAAGUCUGGUUUUCUCCUGCUGCUGGUGAUCAGUGCAUCUGCAUCCUAUGAAGCUGAACAGAAUGACUCUGUGAGCCCCAGGAAACCCAGGGUUGCAGCCCAGAACUCAGCCGAGGUGGUUCGCUGUCUGAACAGUGCCCUCCAGGUGGGCUGCGGGGCCUUCGCCUGCCUGGAGAACUCCACGUGUGACACGGAUGGCAUGUACGACAUCUGCAAGUCCUUCCUGUACAGUGCUGCUAAAUUUGACACUCAGGGAAAAGCUUUUGUGAAAGAAAGCUUGAAAUGCAUUGCAAAUGGGGUAACGUCCAAGGUGUUCCUUGCCAUUCGGAGGUGCUCCACUUUCCAAAGAAUGAUCUCCGAAGUGCAAGAGGAGUGCUACAGCAAACUGGACAUGUGCGGCAUUGCAAAACGAAAUCCUGAAGCCAUCACGGAGGUCGUCCAGCUUCCAAAUCAGUUCUCAAACCGGUAUUACAACAAGCUGGUGAGAAGCUUAUUGGAGUGUGAUGAAGAGACUGUCAGCACCAUCAAGGACAGCUUGAUGGAGAAGAUCGGGCCCAACAUGGCAAGCCUCUUCCACCUGCUGCAGACAGAUCACUGCGCCCAAGGCCACCCGCGCGCGGACUUCACCAGGAGACGCAUCACCGAGCCGCAGAAGCUAAAACUCUACUUCAGGAACCUCCGAGGUGAGGGGUCUGUCCCGGCCCACGCAAAGCGCAGCUCCGCCGAAAGCGCAUAACGCCUCGGGGGAGCGACAAUGGGUGUGUAAGGGAUGCUAAGCACUACCAAAGCUGACGUCUCUCUUCUAGAAGAGUAAUGCACCCAAACCAAGUGUACUGUAGCUAGUUUUAAUAACAACUAGGAACUGGUUUUAGAUUUAGUCAUUAACAUUUUCUAUUCCUCUCGAACAAAACUUUUGCAUGGAUCUGUGUUCAGUGUCUCAGCUUUCCCGCCGUCAGAAUGUCUCCAUCUCUUUUCUUCCCCACAAAAAGAUAUCCCAAACAAUCUUAGUCUUAAAUAUAACCAUACAGUAGUCAGGCCUUCAGACACCAAACUCUAAAUGUACUGUAGCGCUAACACCAUUGAAGUCUGAAGAUUUGGCACCAAGGAGAAUAGCUUAUUCUCUCUUGUAGUAAGCUGGUAGGCGACGAUAGAUGCACUAAUAACUAUUGCACAUCCUAAAGAUGUCAAUGGAAUUCGUGUUAUGAAUCUGUGCUGGCCAUGGACGAAUAUGAAUGUCAUAUUCCUGGUCUCUUAGUGUCAUACAGUCCUAAUCCUUCCAAUACAGCUCCGUUAACCCAUUGAUUUACCAAACUCGCUAGCUGUGGAUGAUUCUAGUUACCGUGAGCUGGCACCACAGUGCAAAAUGAGUUAAAACUACCCCCCCGACACACACCAAAUCAGGAAAGGAACAUUUUGUACUACGGAAAUGAUUAAAAGAGGUGCCAGUCUGUGGUUGAAGCUAGUCAGAAGGUUACGUAAUCUUGCAUUGUAUUUAAAAGCUAACAUCUAUGUACUGUAUUUAACUGUCUAAAGCUUUAAAAGAAAUCUAACAAAAACAAACCCUGUCUUAAGACUAGAGUAUUAAAGGUCUUGCUCUAACUGUGGUAUAAAUAGUUUUAAAAUCUGUCAUGUACUGUACAUAAAUUCCACGAGAGUCUGCUUAAAAGGAGCAGAAUAUAAUAACUUUAUUGCAUAAACUUAGUUUUGUAAGUUAGCUAUUUCUUUUUUCCUGGAAACAGUAUCUCUGUCAUAUUCAAGAGUUCGCAUUCUACUCUGUGGCCUUUUUAUAAUGAAAGAGAGAAAACGUUUAGGACAGUAAUUACAGGG